AUGCCGGCAUCGAGUCCAGCUGUGCCCAAGAACUGGCCCCGCGACGUCGUAUUCCUGAGGAAAUUCCACAUCCCACCACCACUGAGUGCCUCGGCGCUUCAGGUUCAAAUCCACGAGGCUGGUGCUUACCCAGUCAUCACACCCGCUCCGGCCAUACCCAGCCCACUGGUCCGAAUCACGCCCAUCACCCUACCGUCGCACCCUGCUUGCGGACAGUCGGGGCUUUUCGCAGCAAAAGCACUGCCUCCGGAUUCGUUUGUCCUCUUCUACCUAGGUCACGUGCACGACAGUUUCACAACCGACACGACAUCCAACUACGACCUGAAUCUCGACCGACAGCUCGAUUUGUCUGUCGACGCGACGCAGUUCGGGAACGAAGCGAGAUUCAUCAAUGACUAUCGCGGCGUGCGCGGGGAGGGUCCCAAUGCCGAGUUUCGAGACUGUGUGGCGCCAAUCGGACUGGGGCUUGGGGAGAGAAGGAUUGGCGUUUUUGUCUUGAGUGCUGGCAGGGCGAGGAAGAACGACAAGGGCACGACGAGGGCCCGGGGGAUCAAGAAGGGGGACGAGAUCGUGGUCAGUUAUGGCAAGGGAUUUUGGGACGCUAGGAAGGGGAGGACCUAA